AUGCCUGAAGACUAUUCUAAGCAGCCUCGAAACCUCCCCCUUGCAAUCAGCGCCGAGAAAUGCUCUGGAGCGGUUGGCGCGGCAAAAGUCAUUCUCGGUUGCCGCAAUGUGCUGGCAGGGGAAGAAGCAAAGGAUCGCAUCAUUAAAGAUACCGGAAAGACUGGCACCGCUGAGGUGUGGGCUCUCGACCUUGCGAGCUAUGAUUCAGUAAAGGAUUUUGCUAAGAAGGCUAUCGCGGAGCUGGAUCGCAUUGAUGCACUCAUUGAGAAUGCGGCCGUGGCAUCGGGUACAGGGAAGGCAGAAGGGCAUGGGCUGUGCAUGACUGUCAAUGUGUAUAGCACAUUCCUGCUGGGAGUAUUACUUCUGCCCAAGUUGAAAGAGUGUGCACAGCAACAUGGAAUCACUCCUCACCUAACUAUUGUCACCAGCAACGCAAGCUUUCAGGUUGAACAAAAAUGGAAUGAGAUCAAGGAUGACCCUCUAGCAAAGAUGGAGGAUGAUAGUCUUGGAAUGGUAUCAUAUCCACUCAGCAAGCUUAUGGUUACCUUCGCUGCGCGAGAGCUUGCCGAUCUUCUUCCAGUAUCUCAAACUGGAGUUGUCGUAAACUCUGUCAACCCUGGUGUCUGCAAAACUGAUCUCUCUCGAAAUGCGCCAGCUGAAUUCCGCAGGCAAUUAGCGGAAAUGCAUGAAAAAUUUGGCCGCACAGCAGAGGAUGGCAGUCGCACUCUCCUGCACGGUGCUGUUGGAGGGAAGGAGAGCCACGGAAGAUACCUGAGCGACUGCGAGAUUGCCGAUGACAGACUCCCAUCAUGGGUAACGGAUGAGGAUGCAAAGAAGGCCCAGAGAUUGGUUUGGGGUGGUCUAGCCAAAGAGUUGGAGGUCAUUUCGCCCGGUUGUGUGAAGGCUAUCCUGUAA